AUGAACCGCCUAAUUGAGUACGGUAGUGUUGACGAGAUACCGUACUACAAUUGUAGUUCAAAAUCUCAAAACGAGUGGUUGGCGACGGGAGUCAAACGUCCAUGGCUUGGUUAUCCGAUUACGGUAUUUGGCGUAUUUAUUGAGCUUCCAGCUUUCAAAAUUGAUCUUUCCAGAUUAGACGGCGGUUUCGCGAUCGCCACCUGGUGCAUGUCUUGCUCUGUAACCACCUCAUUGUUCCUCAAUCGAGUCAUCUCUGUGGCUUUUCACGGAUUAUCAAAUUUCAUUGAAAAACGUCUCGCCUACAUUUGCAUCUGUCUCUGCGUCUUUUAUGGAUUCUACGUUCUUUUCUUCACUCCAGUGGUCUGUUUCAACUCGGAAUGGCUCAUUUGGCUUCCGGAUCCGUUAUCAGAAACGAAACCAUCAGAUGCGGCUGCUGAUUACUAUCGGAACAGUGUGCAGGCAUGGAACAAUUGGAUUUUCGUCAUUUGUAUGUUUGUGCUGUUCAGUUUGUAUCUGGGAAUGAUCAAUAAGAUUUCGAUGGGGCAGAAAUCAAAAGCCGCCAAGUCGAUCUUCAUUCAAUGCUGCAUCAUCUGUUUCUUCAAUACUGUAAUCGCUCUGGUCUACAACGCUCUAACCCUGAUUACACCUGACUACUGGAUGCUUCUUCUCUGUCAAUUUUGUUGGUCCGUCAAUCACGGAUGUCCAGUUUUGAUCUACGUCACCAUGAAUGCCACCGUGAAGCGGGAAUUUAAAAAAAUGGUUUUAGGAGGAGAUAAGAGAAUUGGCAUGAGUGUUAGUAACACUCAUGCAGCAUCGGUUACACAAAUGUCCACUCAUUAG